AUGGCGUUGAGUGGGAGCGAUCACGAGCGAAGAUGUGUCGAAGUGAAAGCACCUGGGAUUAUUGAACGUAAAUCUGUGCACGAGCCUAUGCAAACAGGUUUAAAAGCGGUGGAUAGCCUGGUUCCUAUAGGCCGUGGUCAACGAGAACUGAUAAUCAACGACCGACAAACUGGAAAAACCGCUAUUGCUAUCGAUUCCAUAUUAAACCAAAAGCAAAUGAACUCAAGGGCCACCUCGGAGAGUGAGACAUUGUAUUGUGUCUAUGUAGCAAUUGGGCAAAAACGCUCAACUGUGGCACAAUUAGUUCAAAUUCUUUCCGAAGUGAAUGCUUUGGAAUAUUUCAUUCUUGUAGCAGCCACCGUUUCAGAUCUUGCUCCUCCGCAAUUUCUGGCCCCAUAUUCUGGCUGUGCCAUGGGGGAAUAUUUCCACAAUAAUGGAAUGCACGCAUUAAUAAUCAUCCAUUUCGGCAUCCCUAUGGCUUCCAAUUUUGCUACGUACUGA